GGGUCUGGAGAAGAAAUCUGUCAAGUUCGUAAGUAGCAGGUACUAGACAUGCUAGAUGUUAAUGAAUGUAGACAUUCACUCGUAAUGAUAGGCGUAGAAAGACACAACACUAGUUAAUGGAAAUUUUGUAGUAAGUUGACAAAUACAGCAAGUAAAUUUGUAAAACAUCACUCGAUCACAGGUCUAUUCGAUAAUCUGAGAUUAGGUCUUCGACAGACGCCCAGAAUGGAAGGGGAAGAGCCUAUGGAUAUCUCUGGAGAGGAAAGAGACUUUGUCAGUGCAAAUGCUGUGCCAAGGAGGUUUAUGGGAAGUGCAAAGCGCUGGAAUUUGAAUAGCACUGUGUGUUCAUCUUCACCCACCAGAAAUGAGACUCGACAUUUUGAAAGAGGGAUAUCUGUAGAUGAAUUAAGACACCGGCUGAAGAAAUAUCCAGAAUUGCACAGAACAAUGAGCGAGGACGUAACUGGUAAAAAUAUAAUUAGAAGUUUGACUUCAGAGAAACGACAUAGUCUGAAUGGACCUUUGACUUUUGAGAAACCACACAGUCUGAAUGGACCUUUACCCAAGAGACCCAAGCUUGUAGGACCAGGACACCCCGAUUUUAAACCAGAUGCAAAGAAACAUCAAGAAAACCCAUCCUUGUUUAAAAACACAAAAGGAAAAUGGAUGCUUUGGGUCAUUUUGAUUGGACUAUGUUUCAUCGGAAAACUUUAUCUCUCACACUCUGUUGAGUGCGAGUUAGUUGUUGACUUUCAAAACCUUGAGAGGAAUUUUGACAGUUUUUUAUUUGGACAGCAUAUAGCAAAAAAUGUGUCCAUGUCUGCACUAGCCUCUUAUUGGGAGAAAUCACAAAGGACAAACCAAUCUCAUUUAAAGCCAGUGGUGUUCUCCUUUCAUGGCUGGACAGGUGUUGGGAAAAAUUUUGUAACAAAAAUAAUAUUAAAUUCAUUACAUGUGCAUCGUUCAAAAACUUUCUUAGUUCCAAUGCAUUUUCCAUCGUCUAACAUUCCAUCAUAUGCAAAAGACAUUUCAAAAUCAAUAAGAAAUCAUAUUAGAUACUGUCGAUUCAAUGUGUUCAUAUUUGAUGAAAUGGAUAAAGCACCACCGUCAUUAAUCAAAGGGUUAAGAUCGGUGUUAAUUUCACUGAAAAACAAGGAAUUUGACAAUCAGUGGGUUAUGUUCAUUUUCCUCAGCAAUUCAAGAGGAACAGAAAUUAACAAUUUCCUGUUCUCCGAAAUAUCAGCAGGAAGGAAAAGAGAAGACUUGACCCAUGAGGAAUUGCAUUCUGUUUUGCUUCAGAAUUCUGAAAAAGAGUGGUACUAUGAACUACACAAAGAAAAUCUCAUUGAUGUGUACAUUCCAUUUUUACCUCUGAAUAAAAUGCAUAUUGAGCAAUGUGUCAAGCAGAACUUGCGUUAUAAAAAGGUUGUGCCAUCAGCUGACCUGUUACAGAAAAUUAUCGAGGACUUGAGCUUUUUCCAGCCGAAGGGAAGUCCUGUGCAGUACUCUCUUACUGGGUGCAAAAGGGUCAGUGAUAAAGUUGACUUGCAUAUAACCUCAGUGGAUUGAUUGAUAUUGUAUGAUUUAUUGUUCAUUGUUAAAAAACCCAUGUACAUGCAAAAAUGAUACGUUUAACAAUCCUUGAUAUAUAUCUUACUAAAGUGAAGAAUGAAUGGAUUGCUUUCAGCAACAAUCCAAAGAGGAAUGAAAAUUAAAAAAGUUUAUUAAUCUUGGUUAGAUGUAUUUGUUAAAAGGUCAAAUGGAUGUAUUCCUUCACUCAAAUGUGACCGUUUUCAAUUUUUUGCUGUAAACAUCCAAGAGAAUGUGCAUAUCCCUCUUCAAAUUUUCAAUUUCUUCUCGCUAAAAAUGUAAAACAAAAUAUUCCCAUAUAAAUUAACAUUUGAUCAUUUGUAAUAUCUACCAUUUAGUAGACUUUAUUGUACAUGUUUGAGACUGUGCAAUACAAAAACUAGUAUAACAAUACCUGUUUGGAAACUGUUAACUCGAGUGAUGCAAUUCUAUCCAUCUUAGAAAUUUCUUCAUAAUUCUGCAUUAAAAGUAGGGGGGAAAUAAUGAGAGUUCAAAUAUGGUACUAAUGUGAUUACAUAAUUAUGAAUGAUAAUUUUUUUUGAGACAAAGAACAAACCUUUUUUCUCAGAACUUUCUUUUGUAGUAAUCUGAAAAUGGAUGUACACUGAGUAGAAAAUACAUGUACAUGAUGAUGUAUAUAUGUUAGUUGUUUUGAUACAUCUUCAUUGCUUUUUUCUUUUUAUUUAUUUCUAAUGGAAGUGAAUACUAAUUACAUGUAUUUAAUUCCAUUUGUAAGUACUCGUAUUUGCAUGAGAUUUUAAGGCAGACAUUGACAGGAAUGUCAAAUUUUUAAGAAAUUAGAAUUACAUUGUGGAUUUACAAUCUGUAAUAUGAUGUCAAGAUAUAAAUAAUUGUUUUACAUUCUU